CGAUGCCCGAGCUCUCGUUUGCUUCACACUGACAUCAUAGCGGAUUACAAUGUCAAAUAUUUUGGAAGCAGCACUAGCCUCCGGUUUUACACCCCGCGAGAGAGAUUCAUCGUUUAUAUUCCAGUCAUUUGAAAUAUAAAGUUGCAAUAUUUUUCGCAUGAAACAUUUUUUGGGGAUGGAAUGAUACAUUCAAGUUAAGGUCUAUGUAACAGAGAGUGGGUCAGGUCAGGGAUGCUGCAGCAUUGGAGGGAAUCUGACUCUCAUGGCCUGUUUUCAUCUGGAGAGACCUCCGACAAUGACUGUGAGAUGGGGGCAAGUUGUGGAGAAGUUGGCGUAGUGUGUUUGUGUGAGACUGGACCCUGCACACUAUACUCUGAAGCACACACACAGACACCGGACACACUGAAAUGUGAACACUGUGGGAAAAACAGGGUAGUGAUAACCAGGUACUCAGAGGGAUAUGGCACAGAGGAAGAGUGUGCCCUGUCCGAUCCUCAGGGUGACAGCGAUGCAGACGCUGACAUCGAGGACACAGAUUGCAGACUACAGGAGCCAGGUUCUCUCCAGCGAAUCAGUUCGCGGAGACGGAAGCGACCACGAAUAGCGCGGCAGGACACCACGGAGAGUGAGGACGAUGGGGGGAGGAGUCACAGGAGUCACCGCUGGAACCUCAGACUCAGUCCCCACCGGGCUCACAACAGAACCUUACUAGAGGAGAGUGUAUCACAGGUCAGACCGUUAGUGAUCUGUCGGCCCAGUAUCAGAGGAGACGGUCAGGGGCCUCCAGUCGAAGGGCCCAGAACUGGCCCAAAAUGGCUCUGGUUCCUGUGGCCCUCGUCUCUCUCCCUGCCUGUCGUUCUCCUCCUCUCCAUCCCUCUCUCUCUCUCCUUAGUCAUCGUCAUCAUAUCUUUCCUGAUGCCUCGGGCCAGUACUUGACCUCACGUCUCUGUUUUAUUUCAUUCAUUGUAAUAUUUUUCAUGGAGUAAUAUAAUUAUGCUUUAAUCACCUCGCGUCACCACAUCAUGUUGUUAAUUCAUGUGUGUAUACUGUAAACAAAUCAUAUUAGACCAUAAGUCAUAGCAGCAUCAGACCAUAAAUCAUAGCAGCAUCAGACCAUAAAUCAUAGCAGCAUCAGACCAUAAAUCAUAGCAGCAUCAGACCAUAAAUCAUAGCAGCAUCAGACCAUAAAUCAUAGCAGCAUCAGACCAUAAAUCAUAGCAGCAUCAGACCAUAAACCAUAGCAGCAUCAGACCAUAAAUCAUAGCAGCAUCAAACCAUAAGUCAUAGCAGCAUCAUCGCCCUCUUCCACAACAAUAUUUCUGAACAGGCAGCUUGUGCUCUUCAUAUCUCUUUCUGUCUCUCUCUCUCUCUCUCUCUCUCUCUCUCUCUCUCUCUCUCUCUCUCUCUCUCUCUCUCUCUCUCUCUCUCUCUCUCUCUCUCUCUCUCUCUCUCUCUCUCUCCCACUCAUUUGCAAAAAUAGACCCCUUGGCUUGCUACUUAUGCUGAAGAUGGUGUGAUAUGUGGGUGGCAAAGGGUUUUAGGGUUACACGUGCUUUGUAGGCUCAAUAGAAAUACAUGUAAAUUAAAGACCUAUGCAAUCUACUGUUCCUGCUCUGUCUGUCUGUCUGUCUGUCUGUCUGUCUGUCUGUCUGUCUGUCUGUCUGUCUGUCUGUCUGUCUGUCUGUCUGUCUGUCUGUCUGUCUGUCUGUCUCUCUGUCUGUCUCUCUGUCUGUCUCUCUGUCUGUCUCUCUGUCUCUCUGUCUGUCUGGUAACUGAAUCCAUGCUCUGUCCUUGGCACAUGAGUGAGUGCCCCCCCCCCACCACCACCACUCUUUCACCCUCUUGUCUCUGAGGUAUUUAGCCUGUGAAUCCAGGGACCCAUAGAUCUAAAUGACAAUUUGGCCUAAUUGAGUGGAAGCAGGAUUGCAUAGACAGCUACUCUGUGCAAUGGCUACGUCUGAGACGGCACCCUAUUUGCUAUAUGUAGGGAAUAGGGUGCUAUGUCAUUCACAGGAGGAAGUUCAUAAACUAGACUGUAACUAGGUAAGACAGAUAAUCCAGUACACGUAAACCUGUAUUGUACUGUAAGUGUUUGGUUAUGAGGGGACCACCUACUCCUGCUUGUAAACCAGGUUAUUACACGUUUUAUGUUUACUGUAUGAAGGAUGUAUUCACCUCCGGCUUAUAAAGUAUGUCUGAAAUCCACUGCUGUGAUCCACUGUAUCUGGGUCAGAGGAGGCUGGUGGAAGGAGCUAUAGGAGGACGGGCUCAUGGUAAUGGCUGGAGUGGAAUAAACCACAUGUUUACAUUUACAUUUAAGUCAUUUAGCAGACGCUCUUAUCCAGAGCGACUUACAAAUUGGUGCAUUCACCUUAUGACAUCCAGUGUUUGACUCCGUUCCAUUGAUUCCAUUCAAGCCAUUAGAAUGAGCCCUUUCUAUAGCUCCCCACCAGCCUCCAGUGAUCUGGGUGUUAGUUCAUUUACAUUUAUAACCCCCAAAAAUUAUCACAAUGUAUGUUAAUCUUUAUGCUUCAUUGGGGCCACAGUAAUCAAAUAAAGCUAUAUUGUAUUUUGA